GGCGCGUGCAGUGACGUCAGGCGAGUCGAGCAUGGCGGUUUGAAACUGUAACCGUCGCACGUUUAAAAGGCGUCACCGUAGUGAUGGAGCCGUCGGCGCCCAGAAGGAAGGAUUUUUCCUAAAUGAAAUAAAUCAGGAUGAGAAGAACAAUACUUAAUAUAUCAAGUUGAAAAAGCUAAGUGAAGACAGCCUUACUAAGCAGCCAGAAGAGGUUUUUGAUGUAUUGGAAAAACUUGGUGAAGGAUCUUAUGGCAGUGUUUUUAAAGCAAUCCAUAAGGAAUCUGGCCAAGUUGUUGCAAUAAAGCAAGUGCCAGUGGAGUCCGACCUGCAGGAAAUUAUUAAGGAGAUUUCAAUAAUGCAACAAUGUGAUAGUGCUUAUGUAGUGAAUUACUAUGGCAGCUAUUUUAAAAACACAGACCUCUGGAUAGUUAUGGAAUAUUGUGGAGCUGGGUCUGUGUCUGAUAUUAUUCGACUACGGAACAAAACUCUCACAGAAGAUGAAAUAGCAACAAUUCUUAAAUCCACUUUGAAAGGGCUGGAAUACCUACACUUCAUGAGAAAAAUACACCGAGACAUAAAAGCUGGAAAUAUCCUACUGAACACAGAGGGUCAUGCCAAGCUUGCAGACUUUGGUGUUGCAGGCCAAUUGACAGACACAAUGGCAAAACGCAACACUGUGAUAGGAACACCUUUUUGGAUGGCUCCAGAAGUGAUCCAAGAAAUUGGCUACAAUUGUGUUGCAGACAUCUGGUCGUUAGGAAUCACAGCAAUUGAAAUGGCAGAAGGCAAACCUCCCUAUGCAGAUAUUCAUCCAAUGAGGGCUAUUUUUAUGAUUCCCACCAACCCACCACCUACGUUCCGGAAGCCAGAGCUUUGGUCUGAUGAGUUCACAGACUUUGUCAAGAAGUGUCUAGUGAAGAACCCAGAGCAAAGGACUACUGCAACACAACUUUUGCAGCACAGUUUCAUUAAAAAUGCCAAAUCGGUGUCAAUUCUGCGAGAUUUAAUAAUUGAAGCAAUGGAAAUUAAAGCAAAAAGACAUCAGGAACAGCAGAGGGAACUCGAAGAAGAUGAUGAGAACUCUGAUGAAGAUGAGGUUGAUUCUUACACCAUGGUGAAGACGAGUCACGCAGGCACAGGCACUAUGAGAGCAACUAGUACCAUGAGUGAAGGUGCCCAAACCAUGAUUGAACACAACAGCACUAUGCUAGAGUCAGACCUGGGGACCAUGGUAAUUAACAGCGAUGAAGAUGAAGAAGAUGGAACAAUGAAAAGGAAUGAUGCAACCGAACAGCACCAAAGACCAGCGUUUAUGGAUUACUUUGACAAACAGGAAAAAAAUACUAAACCUGUGGGAAACUGUAAUCAGAAUCUGCAAGAACCUUUCCACAAAUCAAAAAAUCCUUUCCCUGAUAAUUGGAAGUUACCGCAAGAUGGAGACUUUAACUUUUUAAAGAACCUGAGCUUUGAAGAGUUACAGAUGCGGUUGAGUGCACUGGAUCCAAUGAUGGAACGAGAAAUUGAGGAUCUGCGCCAAAGAUACCAGGCUAAACGGCAACCCAUUUUGGAUGCCAUGGAUGCCAAGAAACGAAGACAGCAGAACUUCUAGCCAAACUCAGACAUCCACCUCUCAUCCACUGAAUGUUCCCAACCUGCCGUGGGUAGCAUGGCCUGUAAUAUAUUUAUUCUGUCAGGAAUGCACCCUCUAAUUUCUUUUUCUUGUGAAUAAGUGAUUUUAUGUUCAAAUGGACAGGAGUUUACACUUGUUUUAACCUGGUAUCAUACACAUCAAACUUUAAGGGGCCAACUUGUACUUGGUCUGUGCAGGAAUUUUUAGGUUGUUAUGAGGGCAGAAGGUACAUUGACCAGCAGACCAACCAUAGAACCAAAAAUACUUACAUACUGCUAAAAUUGUAUUGAUUGUGAUCUGCAGUUAUUCCCAUAGGUAUUGAAGCAAACAGUUUUAAUGGCAAUAUGCUGAACGUCCAUUCUUCUUAUCCGCACAGCUUAGAACUCUCCAUUGAUGUUAUAAUUCAGUUCUAAAUUUCACAGUUUCAAAUACAACAAAGAUAGAAAUACCACAGUAUUUAUGACAAACACUAAAUACCUGACGCAUUGUAUUGCUGAUAAAAUGGGGAGGUGCUGGUUAGCUGGUGCUGUCAUUGAACUGGCAAUCUAGAACCCCAGCCCAAUGCUCUGGGAACAAGAAUUCAAAUCUGGCCAUGGUAUAUGAAAUUUGAAGUAAAUAAAAUCUGAAAUAAAGAGCUGGCUUAAUGGUGACCAUAAAACUACUGUCAGUUAUUUUAAAAACCCACCUGGUUCACUUAUGUUCUUUACGAAAUGAAAUCUGCUAUCCUUCCUAUGGCAGGCCCACAUGUGACUCCAGACCCACAGCAAUGUGUUUGACUCUUAACUGCCCUCUGGGUAAUUAAGGACAAUGAAUAAAUUAAAAAUAUAAAAAAUGUUGUGGUAUCAAGAAACCCCAUUAAAAAUCUUUAAACAUUUAAACUUAACCUGAAUAAGUAAGCUUUGUAGUAUUCUCUGACUUCUCAGUCAAAUUUUGAAAGGCGCCAACACUUUGUUGAAGUGGGUCAAUUAAUCUCAAUAAUAAUUGUGUAAAAACUGGAUUUCUGCCAACUAACUUGCUUACCUCAUGUCAUACCUUUUUGUUGCAAAUAAUCCUACAAUGUGCUGAAACUACUGCCAUUUUAUAAUGUAUCAGAACACCACUGGAGUCCAUUUGGUGCAGGUACAACCACAAGAGAGGGAGCUCCUUUACUAUCUCUGAAUCAAAACCGCUCUCAUAGCGCUGUCAGUGCACCUACCCCAAAUGAACUGCAGUGUUUCAAGAAGGUGGCACACCAUCACUUACACAUGGGAAUUAGGGAUGGGCAAGAAAUGUUUGUGCUAUCAGCAAAGCCCACAGCCCAUGACUGAAUGAACAAUCCUCUGAAGUGUACAGAAGAACAAAAGCAACAUAUUUGAUGUCUUUAAAGUUUCAGAUCCUGGAUGUAUCGCACUUUUGGAAAUAGACUGCAUAAGUCUAUAGUAUAAAGCUUACAUUCCUAACCUGUACAGAUAGGUUGAACAGUCAAGACUGCCAUGUCAUUGCAGUAGGUUAUCAUGCAAUACCUCAUGUCACUGGUGACAAGUGUUUGCUUAAAGCUGUUUUACCUCUUGUGGCAUAGAAAAGUGCCAUUUCUUAGAGACAACGCUUUGUAUUAUUGAAUGAACAUGCACCUGUUUGUUAAUAUUAGACCAGAGAGACUGGAGCUGCUUCUAGCACUGUGAUAUGAAUGCUUGUAAUUGUGUCUGCUGUAGCUUAAAAGAACAUUUUAUUUCUGCUAAUCUUGCUAGAUCUCCUUUGUAUUUACUUUGAUGUACACGCCUGAUGUGAUACAUUUGCUUGGGUUUACUGACAAAAGUAGACUUUGAUGCACAAACACUCAACACAAAACUGAUACGGAGCAAUUGUUGAUGCAUUAACCACUGCUUCUGAUUUAUACAAGAUGAAACAGAAUACUUCAUUGCCCAUCUUGACAGUGUUCAGAGAUCAGAUUCCCAGAACGCACAGAAAUGAUAAAGACUGUAAUUUAUUUGUUUCAGAAGUGAACACUAAUUUCAUUGGCGCACAUGAAUUCUGGAAGAAAUCAGUGCGUGCCAAUUUUUUUGCUUUUUUUGUACCUUGAUGUCUUAUUUUUUUCUAGUCUCAAUUUUAGUAUGUGUAUCAAGUUGUACCAUGCCAUGAUAGCAGUAGGCUGUAAACAGAUGCACUGACUAGAUUGAUUUUGUCAACUUACAAGUGGAACUAUGACAUAGAUACCUUGACAGAAACUUAAGACAUUUAAGCUGCAUCAACAGAUUCUUCUUGCUACACAUUUAAGGAAUCUUAGAAUAGUAACUUUCCACAUAUUUAUGCCUUAAAAGAGUUGUUGUGACAUCAGUACAAAAGGUUCUGUGAGGUUGCCUUUUUGCAUAAACUUGGCAUUUGAUUGAUAAGGAAGAUAUUUUUCUGUCAGAGCGUAGUGAAUCUGUGGAAGUCUUUACUGAAGAGGGCUGUUGAGGCUAGACAUUAAGUAUAUUCAAGACUGAGAUAAGCAGAUUUUUAAUCAAUAUGGGAGUUAAGCAUUAUGGGGAAAAGGCAGGAAGGUGGAGUUGAGGGUUGUCAGAUCAACUAUGAUCUCAUUAAAUGAUGGAGUUGACUCAAUGGGCUGAAUAGCCUACUUCUCCUCCUGUAUGUCAUCGUCAUCUGGACAUUGAGUUCAACCCCGUGCCAUUUGGCAGUUUGGGCGAUGUCCAAAUAAACUCACUGUAACUGUUAUGUAAUUUUUAAAAUGAUAUAAACUUAACAUUCAUUUAUCCUUUAAAACUUGACAGUUGCUCGUUCAGUGAACACAAACCCUGAGUGGAACAUCACCAACUUGAUGCAUGACGAAACAACUAAGCUCCAAAAGUUGGACUGUGCCACCUGUUACUCCAAAAGAUUUACAAAGGCGCUGUUUGACUUUUAAAUAGUGUAUAUGCUUGACAUGUUAAUUUUGUUAAAGGAGAAAUUAACGUGACACUGGGUACUUGCACUGACCAAAUGAGUUGAUUUCACUUCUUCAUUUGUCAACUAAGAUUAAUACUGGAAAAAAGCUCUAGAAAUUAGAUAUUCAUCUUUUUCUACUAUGUUACAAUUAAGAUAAUUUUGUGGUGUAGAUCUGUGUUAUCUGUUGGUGUAGCAAAUCUUAGAUUCAUGAUAGAAUCCCAACAGUGUGGAAACAGCCCCUUUGGCCCAACAAGUCCACACCAAACCUCAGAGCAUCCCACCCAGACUCAUCCCUUUGUAACCCACCUCAUAUUCACAUCCCUGAACACAAUGAGCAAUUUAGCAUGGCGAAUUCACCUAACCUGCUCACCUUUGGACUGUGGGAGAAACUGGAGCACCUGGAGGAAACCCAUGCAAACACAUGGAGAAUGUGCAAACUCCUUACAGACAGUCACCUCGGGAUGGAAUCAAACCCAGGUUGCUGGUGCUGUGAGGCAGCAAUGCUGACCACCGAGCCACCGUGCUGCUCCAAUGUAUUUAGCUGAGGUAGGUCUCAGCACUUGACUAACCUCUAAACUAAUCUGAUUACUCUAAACCCAUAAUUCUUGCUCUUAUUCUAAGAAGUCUGCCCUAAGCCUACUGUAUUGCCCCAGCUAAGUCCAACGCAAGCUCACGAGACAGCACCUCAAUUUCCAGUAGACACUUUACAGUCUUCAGGAUUCAACAUUGAGUUCUCAACUGCCCCCACAUGUCUUUUUUUUGUAUGAAUCUGGUCUCAGCAGAGCUGACCUAUUUUCUGAAAAACACCCACCACCUUCAUAUGUAUAUCAUCUUUACUACCAUUAGCAUUCUCUUUGCCUUUUACUGUGAGCUCUGACAGGAGAUUAACUACAUGACUGUUUUAAUAUGCAUCAUCCUGAUAGAUGUAUUUAAUUGGAAACUGAGCAGAUAAUACUGAAUUAACCUGAUGUGGAGAUGCUGGAAUUGGACUAGGAUGGACAAAGUUAGAAAUCAGACAAUGCCAGGUUAUGAUCCAUCAGGUUUAUUUAGAAUCACUAAAUUUGUUAUGCCAAAGAUAGAGGCCUUUGUUCACAGAAAAGUGAGUCAAGUCUACAUUCCGUCUUAUUUAUUUUUCAGAUUAUAGUUUAAACUUUUAAAGCUGAAGAAACUUCAAGAAAUUCUUUUGAUUGCAAGAAUCACAGCAAAUUGCCAAAUUGAAAUAGUUUCAGUGCCUUUUAAAGAAGUUAAGUUGAUUGAUGUAUUUUAUUUAAAAUUGAGAUGAGCUGAAGUGUCACGCUGCUCAGAAUCUCUGAACAGACAUGCACUAAAGAACUACAAUUACUGAGUUUUGUGAAACUGAAUCCAACCUGAGAAUGCAAUUUGCACACUGCCUCAGCCAAAUACGUGCACAACUGCACAGGGCACUCAGAAAGAUGUAAUCUCUCACUAUAAAAAGCCCAAUGUGAAAUUAAGAAAGCUUUGUUAAGAAUGUUCAAUUAAAAAAAUACUGUUCGACUUCUUAUUUAUAAAAUGGCACAUUGGAACAAUGUUAAGAACGAGAGGUGACAGUGCAGAAUAAUAAUUGAAUGUUAAAUUGACCUCACCACUUGUUAACCAUAAAGAUCUGUAAGUUGAGCUAUAUAUAAAUCUCUGAAGAAUCAUAUCUAAAAUUGGAAGUGCUCCUUUUUUUAGAAUUAAGGUCAGAGUUACACCUGUGUGAUUGUGCUGCAGUAUUGUGUUCUGCAAUUUAUUUUUAAGAAUGUGCUUUUUGUGACUUGUAAUGAAACACACUUUCUCAAUAGUUGAUACCAACAGUAAAGAUUAUGAUGCAUUCAAUCAUAACAGCUAUCAUUGUGGCUUUUAUGCUCAGGCAUAAUAUUUUAUUGAUCAAGCAAUACAGUGCUUUUUACAUUACUGAUGGCUUCACUGCAUUAAUAUGAUUCGGUUCAUUAUUGUCACAUUUGCCAAGAUACAGUAAAAUGUGUUGUGUUAUGUGCUUACAGGCAAAUUAUGACUUAACAUAAGCAGUUCAUGGUAAUAGAUCCCCUUUUUAGGGGAAUGUUGGAUGGAUAUUGUCACAAUCAUCAUCAUCAGUGGUCCCUUGCGAACAAGGAUGACUUCUUCCACUCUUGGGGUGAGUCCAUAGGUGGCUGUACAGCCCAAUGAGGCUUUUGCAGGCUUUGCUACACUUGGGGCAGAAACUGGUCAUGGGAAGAGAUGAGUGGGGCGGUGGUGUGACAGUGUGCUGUUUUUGCCUGACUUCUACUUUUUCUUGAGGUGCUCGUGACUAGAUCGAUAGAUGAGAAAGGAUUAAAUGAAUACGUUGAUAGCGUGAGAUAAAGCACGGUAUGAUGAGCUUCAUGUGGAGCAUAAACACUGAUAUGCAGCUGUUAGGCCACACAACCUGUUCCUCUUCAGCAAAGUAAUGGUGAUUGUGCAGUGUUCUGCUAGUAGCCCGAAUAACUCCAGUCCACAUACUUUGCUUCCACUGUCUUUUGAAUUUCUGUUCUGUUCUCAUCAGACUGAAAACAGCAGACAGUUGAAAACAAAGUGGCAGUCAAUUUCCAGUCCAAUGCUGUGUCUGUCAGCACCUCAAAUGAAUGCAGAUGUUAGAAUUCCAGAAAAACCAUGUGAGAAAGUAUUACUGAUCCCAAUGUCUGCAGAUUUAGUGUGUUGAGGGCGAUGGUGCAUUUUCAUUUAUUCUUCUAUCAUUUCAUAAUCCAUUUACAAUAAACAAUCAUAAUCCAUUGUUAUCUGUUCCAAACCACUGCUGCUGAUUUGAAUUUUAAAUGCAUGUAUCAGUGAUGUUGUCAAUCUUUCUUUGAAACUAAACAUUGAAUUAUUUAAAAAGAAAAUUCUCGAGCCUGGCUUCUGUUAUUUUUAAUUGAAAAGUUAUAUGCAAUAUUUCGAAUUGUUUAUGUUUAUUUCCUUAUUAUGGGCCACUAACUUAUUUUAUAAUGUCUAAUUCCAAUGUGUCACAAUA